AUGAUGGCAGAUCGUCACAGACGGAUUCAUACGGAUGCAGGUCCUUCUCAAUCUCAAUCCGGCUCGUCCAAGCACAAGGCUCGUUUGAGUUGCGAAUCAUGUCAUCACCGCAAGAAAAAGUGUGAUAAGCGUGUCCCCUGCUCCAACUGCUGCCGCUCCGGUAUUGCAUGCGUCCCUGUAGAACGGGCACGUCUACCACGGGGUCGGUCUGGGAAGCGAGCAUGCGAGCAUUCUCCUGAAGUCGAAUCUGAACAUAACUUGACGAAGCGAAUAUCUCGACUGGAGCAACUGGUUCUAGAUUUGACCGAGAAGCAUGAUCGCGGUGUCGCCGAAAGAGUAUCCUCGUCUGCUUCCAUCUCUUCUGACUCUGUAGUCCUCAAUCGGGCAGAAUCUCCGCGCGUUUGGGCUCCUCCCGCAGAUCACUUGGAGAAGAAUACCGCGGUGGUGGAUGCCUAUAGGAAGCCGUCGAGGCCUCUUCCAUUCUCCGCAAGUCCCUUUUGGGCUAAUGUUAUGAAUCAAACAGGCGAUACAGAUGGGACUUUAGCCAGUAAUCUGAACAAUGUCCGACGUCUUCCACCUGAGAAUGGCGAUAGUCGCCAGCUCGAUGUUGGGCUCGAUAGUCAUGACAUUACUUCCAGUUUUCCAUUGCCUGGUCAAGACCCGCCCAGGGGCUCAGGUUCUAUCCAACAGACUCUGUUUCAUUUAUAUUUCCAGCGGGUUGAUCCUUUCUUCAAGAUCCUCCAUCGUCCUUCGCUGAGCACCUUUCUGCUGGGGAACAAACCCUAUCUAGACUAUGAAUCGGGGCACCCAGCACCCGAAGCGCUCGCCUUCGCCGUCUAUUAUGCUGCUGCCUGCGCGCUGAGUGAGCAAGAAUGCAUGCAGAUUUUAACAGUCAGAAAGGAACCACUUGUUGCGAGGCUUCGUGCGGAGCUAGAUUCAGCUCUGGCAAAGGUCGACUAUGUCAUGACCAAUGACCUGACUGUCCUGCAAGCCUUUGUUCUUUCCUUGAUGUCGUCUCGAUCUCGAGACCAGAGUCGACGGGUAUGGACUCUUCUGGGUCUGGCCGUUCGCGUUGCCCAAGCACUGUCACUCCAUUUGCCUGAACCACCGUUCCCCAUCCGCCCAUUUGAGAGAGAAAUGCGAAGACGUUUGUGGCAUGGCAUUGGCUUUCUCGACGUAGAAACCGCCAUGGACCGUGCCUCUGAACCGAUCAUGCAAGCAAGCUGGUUUGAUUCGCACCCACUUUCCAAUGUCAACGACAGCGACAUCGCAUUGGACAUGGACUAUCCGAUCAAGGAAUCCGAGGACUUUACCGACACAACCUUUACCAUCAUGAUCCUCAAAGCACAAUCUGUGGCACGGUCACUCAGCUUCUCUGACUUCACCGAGCCCGCAGUCAAGUCCAUGAACAUCCGCCAACAGGUCGUCGUCGAUUUCCAACAAACAGCGACGAAACUCCUCCGAAACUCCCGACCAGAUAAGAUUCCCUUCCACUGGGUCGCCAGACAAGUUGAAGAAUGCACCAAUGCCUCCUUACAAUUAGUCUCUUUGCGCCCCCUUCAACGAAACACAAGCUUCAUCCCACCCCGCAUUCGAGGAGACGGUCUCCUCAAGCUCGCUGUGACCGUCCUAACAAAAUCACAACAGCUCGUCAACGACCCCAGGUCCGCCCCCUGGCGCUGGAUCGAGCAUUUCUUCGUUCCCUGGCACGGACUCGCCGUCGCCAUCGCCGAGCUCUGCGUCUGCGAGGAUCAAGUGGUGAUGGAGAAGUACUGGCCGCCCGUUGAGCAGGCCUUUCAGCGUCUGCGUGACCUCGUCGCAGACUCCAGGAAGGAAUUGCUCUGGAAACCCAUUGAGAAAAUCAUGGCCCGCGCUCAAGCCAGGAGGAACGAGCUGGUAGAUACCCAGUCCAGGCCUGAUCAUCCUAGCUCUGUGCCUGCGUCGGUCACAUUACCGUCCCCUGCUCUACCGCCACUCGAUGCCCUGCCAGCUGUUGCCCCGGUCUUAGGCCACACCGGUUCUCUCAGUACGGAUGUAGUUGCCUCCUCCUUACCCGAGACAGUUGCCGGAAUCAGCCCGUGGCCCAACGUUUGGGAUGCAAUGGAGUACGGUGAUCCAAUGUUGGAGAGUACCCGUGAGGCGUCAUGGUUGCACUACGAAAACUUCAUCGGAGAUCUACAUGACACCGUCGAUUUCUCGCUGAUACCCAGAAGCGGCUUCAUGGGAUGA